CAGGCGGCGACAGGACGGGGAUGGACCCCCCGCGUCUGUCUUUUCUGUCGCAGCAGUUGCCCGGAGAGGGACGAGGGGAGAAUCAUGUUCUACAAAUUUAACGGAUUCACGCAGAGACUGAGCGGCGGGGCCGGGCCUGCUGCCUACUGCCCGCAGGGGUUGAAGCCUUUGGUUUCCACCGAACCUCCCACUAUGAUUUUUGCCACUCCAACAAAAUCUGUAUCUGAAUUGGAAGGAGGAGGAGUCCACUUCUUAGGACGGAAUAAGGUGUCUGAUUUCCAGCAAAUUUUUCAGAAGCCAGAUGGUUUACCUGUGCAUCUAAAGCGAGGUGUCCCUGAUCGACUGCUAUACAGGACUACAAUGGCAUUGACGAUUGGAGGGGCCAUUUACUGCUUGGUAGCACUUUUUCUGGCAGCCCAGCCCAAAAAACAGAACUAAAAGAACUCCAUUGACUGGCACCUCUGAAAUCCUCAACUCAAGAACAGGCAUUAUAACCCUUUGUUCAGUUAUAACUCAUUGCUGCCUCUGAUUUUGUUUUCUGGUGCAGCAGUUUCUCUAAUGUUUGUACGUGAGAUUGAAACAAGCUGUAGUCAAUCAGUUUUAUUCUGUGACUGGUGGUGAGAAUUCCAGAGCCCGGGAUGCUGCCUAAAAAUAAUGAUCAGAUUAAUUAGAAAUUGACAUUGAAUCAUGUAAAGUGUUCAAGAAAAUGUAUUUAAAAAUGAGCUGGAUGAAUAGAAUACAGCGCUGCAGAUGGUGGAAUAUGAAAGUUCUUUCACUUGCUCCAAAGACCAUCAGGACCUGUGAGGAACCCAUGAGGAAUUCUCACAAUCACCACCAUUAUCAUGAGACCUUGUGCAAAUCUUUGUGCAAUUGCAAUUAUGUCUCUGCUGCUAAAAUAAAGUUCCAACAGUGA